UGGCCAGGUCCUGGCAGGUGCAUGAAAGUCUUAAAACACUCCUAGAUUUGGAUGGCAGAGAUAACUAAAGUUUGUUCUUGGAUAAAACAUAUUUGUGCUUGGUAUCUACUUCUGCAAGUGUCUUUAGGCAGUUCUAUUUCCUCUUGCGUGUCUGUUCAUUACUCUUGAGCUCCGCUCAUUGCGUUCACAGGGUUCUGGCGCCUCUAGGGAGGCCUCGCCUUCACCGUGACGCCCCACUCUUCCGGGCACGCCCCUGCCCAAAGGCUUUAAAAGGCGCCGUGUGGGACGUCACUUGCAUGCGACCUCAUCUUUGUCAGUGCACAAAAUGGCGCCCUACAGCCUACUGGUGACUCGGCUGCAGAAAGCUCUGGGUGUGCGGCAGUACCAUGUGGCCUCAGUCCUGUGCCAACGAGCCAAGGUGGCGAUGAGCCACUUUGAGCCCAACGAGUACAUCCACUAUGACCUGCUAGAGAAGAAUAUUAACAUUGUUCGCAAACGGUUGAACCGGCCGCUGACCCUCUCGGAGAAGAUCGUGUAUGGACACCUGGAUGACCCCGCCGGCCAGGAAAUCGAGCGGGGCAAGUCGUACCUGCGGCUGCGGCCGGACCGUGUGGCCAUGCAGGAUGCGACGGCCCAGAUGGCCAUGCUGCAGUUCAUCAGCAGCGGGCUGCCCAAGGUGGCCGUGCCGUCCACCAUCCACUGUGACCAUCUGAUUGAGGCCCAGCUCGGGGGCGAGAAAGACCUGCGCCGGGCCAAGGACAUCAACCAGGAAGUUUAUAAUUUCCUGGCAACUGCAGGUGCCAAAUAUGGCGUGGGCUUCUGGAAGCCUGGAUCUGGAAUCAUUCACCAGAUUAUUCUGGAAAACUAUGCAUACCCUGGGGUUCUUCUGAUUGGCACUGACUCCCACACCCCCAAUGGUGGCGGCCUGGGGGGCAUCUGCAUUGGAGUUGGGGGUGCCGAUGCUGUGGAUGUCAUGGCUGGGAUCCCCUGGGAGCUGAAGUGUCCCAAGGUGAUUGGCGUGAAGCUGACAGGCUCCCUCUCUGGUUGGACCUCACCCAAAGAUGUGAUCCUGAAGGUGGCAGGCAUCCUCACGGUGAAAGGUGGCACAGGUGCAAUCGUGGAAUACCACGGGCCUGGUGUAGACUCCAUCUCCUGCACUGGCAUGGCGACAAUCUGCAACAUGGGCGCAGAAAUUGGGGCCACCACUUCCGUGUUCCCUUACAACCACCGGAUGAAGAAGUACCUGAGCAAGACUGGCCGGGCAGACAUUGCCAAUCUAGCUGAUGAAUUCAAGGAUCACCUGGUGCCUGACCCUGGCUGCCAUUAUGACCAACUAAUUGAAGUUAACCUCAGUGAGCUGAAGCCACACAUCAAUGGGCCCUUCACCCCUGACCUGGCUCACCCUGUGGCAGAAGUGGGCAAGGUGGCAGAGAAGGAAGGAUGGCCUCUGGACAUCCGAGUGGGUCUAAUUGGUAGCUGCACCAAUUCAAGCUAUGAAGAUAUGGGGCGCUCAGCAGCUGUGGCCAAGCAGGCACUGGCCCAUGGCCUCAAGUGCAAGUCCCAGUUCACCAUCACUCCAGGUUCCGAGCAGAUCCGCGCCACCAUUGAGCGGGACGGCUAUGCACAGAUCUUGAGGGAUCUGGGCGGCAUUGUCCUGGCCAAUGCUUGUGGCCCCUGCAUUGGCCAGUGGGACAGGAAGGACAUCAAGAAGGGGGAGAAGAACACAAUCGUCACCUCCUACAACAGGAACUUCACGGGUCGCAAUGAUGCGAACCCUGAGACCCAUGCCUUCGUCACAUCCCCAGAGAUUGUCACAGCCCUGGCCAUUGCGGGAACCCUCAAGUUCAACCCCGAGACCGACUACCUGACGGGCACAGAUGGCAAGAAGUUCAAGCUGGAGGCUCCAGAUGCAGAUGAGCUUCCCAAAGCGGAGUUUGACCCAGGGCAGGACACCUACCAGCACCCCCCCAAGGACAGCAGCGGGCAGCAUGUGGAUGUGAGCCCCACCAGCCAGCGCCUGCAGCUCCUGGAGCCUUUUGACAAGUGGGAUGGCAGGGACCUGGAGGACCUGCAGAUCCUCAUCAAGGUCAAAGGGAAGUGUACCACUGACCACAUCUCGGCUGCUGGCCCCUGGCUCAAGUUCCGUGGGCACUUGGACAACAUCUCCAACAACCUGCUCAUUGGUGCCAUCAACAUUGAAAAUGGCAAGGCCAACUCCGUGCGCAAUGCCGUCACUCAGGAGUUUGGCCCCGUCCCUGACACUGCCCGCUACUACAAGAAACAUGGCAUCAGGUGGGUGGUGAUCGGAGACGAGAACUACGGCGAGGGCUCGAGCCGGGAGCAUGCAGCUCUGGAGCCUCGCCACCUUGGGGCCCGGGCCAUCAUCACCAAGAGCUUUGCCAGGAUCCACGAGACCAACCUGAAGAAACAGGGCCUGCUGCCCCUGACCUUCGCUGACCCAGCCGACUACAACAAGAUUCACCCUGUGGAUAAGCUGACCAUUCAAGGCCUAAAGGACUUCACCCCUGGCAAGCCCCUGAAGUGCAUCAUCAAGCACCCCAACGGGACCCAGGAGACCAUCCUCCUGAACCACACUUUCAAUGAGACGCAGAUCGAGUGGUUCCGCGCCGGCAGUGCCCUGAACAGAAUGAAGGAGCUGCAGCAGUGAGGGCAGUGCCUCCCCGUCCCCUGCCCCGCCCCAGCGCUGGCAUCAAGUUCAGCCCCACGUGCGCCAUCAGCGGAUCCGAUGCAUCCAGUCAUGGCUUCUUUUUCCAAGAUGGUGUGACCAGACAUGCUUCCUGCUCCCUGCUCAGCCCACGGAGUGACUGUGGUUGUGGUGGGGGGGUUCUUAAAAUAACUUUUUAGCCCCUGUCUUCCUAUUUUUAGUUUGGUUCAGAUCUUAAGCAGAUCCAUGCAAUUGUAUUUAUUUUUGAUGACAACACUCCCAUCUAAAGUUUUUCUCCUGCCUGAUCAUUUCGUUGGUGGCUGAAGGAUUCUGGAGAACCUUUUGUUCUUGCAAGGAAAACAAGAAUCCAAAACCAGUGACUGUUC